UUGUUUUUGUGAUGUUUAUACCUAAAUUAACUAUAAAUAAUUUUUAUUUAUUCACUGUUAGGUGACAGAAUCUAUUGUUAUGGUAGUAAAUAACUUAUUUAGUAUUGACGAGGAAACUCUAAUUCAAAGUCAAAUUGAGGAUCAGUCUCCUACAAAAAUUGUUGCAGUUCUUGAAGAUCAACUGGGCAAAGUAGAGCUAAAUGCAGAGGGCAUUUAUAAAGAAAUUACACCAAAUAUUGCAGUACAGGCUCAGAGGCUUGAUGCAACUCAAAUUAGUGAAGAAGACAUGACUUACUUAAAUUUUAUAUCAGAAUCAAAUGAGAAUGGUGUAGGUGCUGUUGAAGUACUUGACGAUGGUGUGAAAAUACCUGAUGCUGCCAAUGUGUCAAUUGCUCUGCCAAACAGUAUAUCUGAUGUCAUCAAGGAGAAUAAUAUGACAGAUUUCCGAAUUAUAGUUAUUGUUUACAAUGACAGUAGACUGUUCCAAUCUGCUCAGUUUAUUAAGGAUAGCUCAGGUCGCAGACCAAAUAGUCAAGUUAUUUCUCUCUCUGUGCCUGGAUUAGAUCGUGUGGAAUUGGACCAGCCCAUCGUUACCACAUUCAUUCCCAUCGAAAUUUCUGAAACAAACAGAAAUACAACCUGUGUAUUUUGGGAUUUUAAACUUGAUGGAAUUGGAGGAUGGUCGACUGACGGCUGCAUAUUUGUAAACGGAUCGGAUGAUGGGAGUGACAGGCAGUAUUGCGAGUGCACACAUCUAACUAACUUUGCUAUACUUAUGGAUUUCCAUAUGGUUGGAUCUCUUCCCCCGGCAGCUGACAUUGUGACAAUCGUUGGCUUAAGCAUAUCAAUUGCAUCUCUUAUUUUGACAAUACUUACAUUUGUGAGUAAAAGGCAAUUUCGGAGGAGUCAACCUAAGCAAAUUCUAUGCCAGCUGUGUUUGUCUUUGCUUGGUUUGUAUAUUGUCUUUCUUGCUGAAAUUGAUAGAACCACAGAAGAAGUAGAAGGUGACCCCAGUCUAGGGUGUAUGGUUGUUGGAGCUUUUCUACAUUACUUCUUGCUCUCAUCAAUCUUCUGGAUGAGUGUUCAAGCUGUAAAUAUGUACUACUUAUUUGUGAAAGUCUUUAAAAGUCUCGGUGUGUCCUACUUUCUCUUUAAAGCUUGCUUGUUUGCAUGGGGUUUACCAGUGGUGAUUGUCUCAGUUUCUGCAUCUAUUGACUCUAACAACUAUGUGGAUUCUAAUGAGCAUUGUUUUCUGGCACUCCAACGUAUGUACUACAGCGUAGCAAUUCCUGUUGCACUAUCCUUACUUUUCAACAUGGCCAUAUUCAUUCUGGUUUUAAAUAGAUUAAUCCAGCAUGGAAAAAACACAAAUCAAUCUCACAUAAGAGGAAAGAAAACCAGACGCAGAGGGAUAAAGAUGUUACAAAGUGCAGUAAGCGUUACAGUAGUUUUGGGCUUAACGUGGCUGAUCGGCUUCUUCUCCAUUGGAGAUGCUUCAGAUAUUAUGCUGUGGCUUUUUUGUAUUCUUAAUUCUUUCCAAGGGUUACUUAUAUUCGUAAUGUAUUGUGUUAGACAUAAGGAAGUACGCACUUACUGGUGGGAAGCGUUGCUCAGUAUUCCAGGAAAUUCAAAACUUUUUCGAUCGUUUAUGUCCGACAAAAGCAAAAAAAGUUUGCUUUCACAUUUUCAAAAAGAAGAAUCCUCUGGCAAGCGUAAGUCAUUCUCCAACUCGUCUUCGUAUCCUAGCCAGUCCGAAAAUAAUCGCACUAGAAAUAAUCAAGUUAGGCUUGGAAAACGGUCACUUGCAUCGGAAAAUAUCAAUCUAAGGCACUAAUAGUAUUGUUAUAAUGACAUACAGCAAAGUAAUAGCUUGCAAGAUUAUUAUCACAAAAAUAUGAUUCAUGAGAUUCAUAAUAAUCCAAAAUAGGGUUAGGAAUUAUAGUAAUUCUCACCUAGUUUAUGCAAUCCUAUUUUUUUUCUUUAGAUGUUUAUAUGUUUAUGUUUGAUUGUGUU